GCCCCGCCCCUACGGGGGCCCCGCUUCCUUGCUAUUGGUUCCUUUCCCUGCACCGUCGGUUGCCGUGGAGACCACAGCUAUGGCCACUAGGAGAAGCCAAACUUAGUCGUUCCUCUCGAACCGCGGAGGGGUCUCGGGCGUGCGGCGCUAGUCCGCGGGGAGCUCAUGGCGCUCUACGAGCUCUACUCUCACCCGGCCGAGCGCGGCUACCGCGCGGGGCUCUGCUCCAAGGCCGCGGUGUUCCUGCUGCUGGCCGCCGUGCUCACGUACAUCCCGCCGCUGCUGGUGGCCUUCCGGAGCCACGGGUUCUGGCUGAAGCGGAGCAGCUACGAGGAGCAGCCGACCGUGCGCUUCCAGCACCAGGUGCUGCUCGUAGCCCUGCUAGGACCCGAGCGCGGCGGCUUCCUCGCGUGGAGCACGUUCCCCGCCUUCAACCGGCUGCAGGGGGAUCACCUGCGCGUCCCGCUCGUUUCGACUAGAGAAGAAGACAGGAACCAGGAUGGGAAGAUGGACAUGUUACAUUUUAAACUGGAGCUGCCCCUGCAGUCCACGGAGCAUGUUGUGGCCGUGCAGCUCAUCUUGACUUUCUCCUACCAGUUGCACAGGAUGUCAACAUUCGUGAUGCAGAGCAUGGCGUUUCUCCAAUCCUCCUUCGCUGUUCCAGGGUCCCAGUUAUAUGUGAACGGAGACCUGAGGCUGCAGCAGAAGCAGCCCCUAAGCUAUGGCGGCCUAGACGUUCGAUACAAUGUGUCUGUAAUCAACGGGACCAGCCCUUUUGCCUGUGACUACGACCUCACCCACAUUGUUGCUGCUUACCAGGCAAGGAAUGUAACCACCGUCCUGACUGACCCCAACCCCAUCUGGCUGGUGGGAAGGGCCGCUGAAGCUCCAUUUGUGAUUAAUGCUGUCAUUCGAUAUCCUGUGGAAGUCAUUUCUUAUCUACCAGGAUUCUGGGAAAUGAUAAAGUUUGCCUGGAUCCAAUAUGUCAGUAUCCUGCUUAUCUUUCUCUGGGUGUUUGAAAGAAUCAAAAGAUUUGUGUUUCAAAAUCAGGUAGUCACCACAGUCCCUGUAACAGCAGUGCCCCAGGGAGAACUGUAUAAGGAGCACUUAUCAUAAGAAGAUCAUUUCUGAAAACACUAAGCAGGACCCUGACUACCUCAUCAUUGUCCUCCCAGAACUGCCAUCUUAUGACAUUUCUGAAAAGAGCCGAGGGACACAUGCCAACAUAUGUAUUUUUCCUAUCAGAGACAAAGAGCAAUUCUUUCUCUACACAAAUUCCAUAUCUUCUAAGCACUUAACAAAUCAUCAGGGACUAGUUUGUGGAAAGGUCUGAGGGCUAUAAUUUGCCUUUUUUUUUUUGCUUUAGACUUGAAUUUCAGGAGAAAACUACAGUCAGUUCAGACAUCUUGGAAAGAGUCCCAUCUCUGGUCAAGCAAAGACUGCCUCUCUUGAACUGAGAAACAUGCUAUGCGUUUCUUCCCCCUAUUGUCAACCACUUUUUUACUCUUUUCGGAAGUCUCUUAUGAUAGAUAUGCAGGUCACAUGCACUUUCCACUCCUGGGCAUAUAAAUUUCCCAUUCAGAACUUUGAUUUCGAGACCUGAGAGGGCUUUAACUGGAGAAUUGGAGAAACAGAAAGAGAGCGCUCAAGAACACAUGUAUGCUUGUACAUGAGGGUGAGUGACUUGACAACAGGACCAUCCACCUGCCCUCAGUCUAACAGACAGUCGUCUGUCAUCAGCUCAGCGGAACAGCCCUUUAUCCCUGCCCUGCUGUGGCUGGCUCUUUGCCCUGCCUUUUGCCCUCUGUCUGUGCCCCUGGAAUAGCAGGCUGAAGUCAGAAGUGCUGUUUCAUUCACAAUCCUCUCUGCAACAGUGGGGGAAGUAAGGAUUUACAACAGGUUCUUUCUCUCUGGCCUUCACCCAACAGCCUGGACACUUGCCACUCCUCCUCCUUGACAGCCCUCCCCCUUCCUGAAAAGGACAUGGGUGACAGAAGAACUGUUGUUGGUAUUGGCUCCCACUGCCCGACAACCACCGAGUUUAUUUAGAGGGCUAGCAAGAAGCCCAGCUACUUGUAUUUCCCUCAACUAAGGAACAGGGUGCCCAUCGGCGCCGGCAGCUUUGGGGAGGACACACAAGUAGCAGUGAGGGGAUAAAGAAGAUGUUAGCCCAGGCAGCCCAAUCCAGCUUGGCCAUUAGCAGACUAACAAGCAGUCCAGCCAGAUUACCCUCGUGGCUCAAUGAGCGUCUGCAGGAGAAGAGACCACUGGAACAGGCCUCUGUUGUACACAGAAGACUGAUUCUCCGUUCUCAUCCCAAGGAUACAUGCAGUUUCCUCAAAGGAUGGAUGGAUCUGCUUUAUGAUCUCAAGAUGUCAUUGGCACUAGCAGGACAUACUCGCUGUGAUCCAUGCUUCAUGCCCACCCCCAAACACACUCAGUGUCUGCCUCAGUUUACCUUGGAGAUUUAGUUAUUUCCAAAGCACCUUUUCUUCCAGGCUGACAAAAAUAAGAGUUUUGGAAACAAAGCUAUUUUGAAGUAUUCAAGCACAAAAAUAUCUUAACACUGGCCCCUCUGCCUUUUUUUUAAUGUUUAGGGCUGUUUAUAUGCCUAAAAAUUUUUUCUUGAGAUUUAAAUGAAAAAUGGUUGCUGGUUUGAAUCACAAAAAGAUAAUGAGAUAUGGAAAGAUAGCUAAAGAUGUGUAUAAACAUUGCUUUGCAUUUUGUUAAAUUAUUUUAAUGCAAAAUUUGUGUAAAAAGCUAUGAUGUUUUGUAACUUUCUAAUUAAAAUGUUCAAAAUGGAAGGUUGCAUGUGGCUUUUUAGAGGGGAAGUUUGGAAGGAGGAAGAAUAGGGAGGGCAGAGGUUGCGCACACUUCUCCAAGUUACUCACCAACAGCCUUGCUUUGCCAGGGCUCUGCCCAGAGACCUUGGAGCUUUUGUUAGCUCUUGGGCAGAAGUCCCCUGGUCCAGCCCCAAGUAAAUGUGAGUUUUCAGUGGAAUCCACAUGGCCUGUGGAAACCACAGGCUGGAAAAUUACUACUGCAUCUGGUGAAUAGCAAAUUAUUUACAGAUCAGAUGUUGGUAGCUUCUGAACCUGAAUCACACAGUGUAGUUGCAAGGAGGAAAAAGAUGAGAAAUAUCCAGGAUUUUAUCAACUGAGCUGUAACCCAUAGCUAAAUCAGAGUUUGAGACACUUACUCAAUAUUGGGGUUGGGGAAGAUCCCUAAUUUUGCCAAAUGAUUAUCCAGUUUCUGUUUGAAUCAGGAGAGGCCCCUAAAGUCCCGCUUUGGUCCCAUCAUCUAAGGUUCAUAAAGUAAUUCUCUGUGUCUCC